AGCCGUCCGCCAUCUUAGCGGAGGACAAGCGCUUGUGUCCAGUGGCCCUCAGCGAUGGCGGCUUUACUCGUUGUUCUCUUGUUGUCGGGCGUGACCGCCUCGCUGGCUGCCAGUGACUUUGUGUACGUGAAACCGGGUUUCGCAGGUUACCGCCAAAAGGACCCCAGGCAACAAGUUCCGGCGACGAAACAGCAGCAGCAGCAGCAGCAGCAGCGGCGGCCCCUCAACACGGUCCGGGUGACCUGCCACCCGGACUCCCUGGAGAUCCUGAUCCAAGCCGACCUGUUUGGGGUGGGCUCGCCCGUCCACAGCUACGAGGUGCGCCUCGGGGUGGAGCGCAACGACGGCUUGUGCAGCGCAGCACCGGCCUCUGCCCACGAGUACAGGAUUCUUGUUGGACUGCUGGACUGCGGCACCAAAUAUUGGAUGACCGACGUGUCCCUCGUGUACACCAACCUGCUCGUGUACACCCCCGCGCCGACUCCCGACGGCCUGAUCCGAAUGGACGGCGCGGUCGUCCCGAUCGAGUGUCACUACGCGAGGCGCUACAGUCUGUCCAGUUCUUCCCUCACACCCACCUGGAUCCCCUUCAUGGCCACACAAGCGGCAGUGGAAACUCUGGACUUCAAGCUCAGAAUUAUGACUGAUGACUGGCAGCACGAGAGGGGCGUGAACGUGUACUACUUGGGCGAGCCCAUUUUCAUCGAGGCCUCGGUCCGAGUGGGCCACCACGUGGGCCUGCGCGUCUUCCUGAGCAGCUGCGUGGCCACGCUGCAGCCUGACAUCCACUCUGUGCCCAGAUACGUCUUCAUUGACAACGGUUGCCUGUUGGAUUCCAAGCUUCAUCCUUCCAAGUCUCGCUUCCUGGUGAGGACUCAAGAUGACAAGCUGCAAUUUGUCAUCGACGCGUUCAGGUUCCACAAUGAGGACCGCGGAGAGCUUUACAUCACGUGCCUCUUGAAUGCCGUGUCGGUCCACGACGCCGAGGCCCCCAACAAAGCCUGCACCUUUAUCAAUGGAAGGUGGCGUUCAGCUGACGGCAAUGACUACCUAUGCGGGUAUUGUCAAAGCCAAAGUGAAGCUGGACAAGCUCAAAGUAAACCCGCCAAGUUCAGUCCUCGUGGUUUCAGCAAGCCUGCGCAACCAGAAUCUCAUUGGAGCAAACUUCCUGCUAGCGGAUUGGAACACCAUGCAAAAGUGGGUCCCGUGUUGGUUCUCCCCAAGCAGACUGGUUGGGCUGUCCCUGACAGGGAGCUGCCGCCGCUGCUCCAAAAACUCAGCAGGCCUGCUCUGUACGGCAGCCAAUGGAUGAGUGGCCUCAAUUACUUGAAGGACCCCGAGAACGGACAGCUUCCUGGUCUGAUCACUGAAGACUUUUCCGACGAAGACCUCCCCCUUGUCGACCCCACAAGUGAACUGGAUCUGAAAGAUGAGUACGAACUGGAGACAGCAACCAUCCUACCCGAUGAACAAGAUGACAACUCCACUGAGCUGGUCGACCACCAACCUGACGUGGACGUCACGAUCGUCUCCAAUUCAACUGAUGCGCAGUCUGACUCUAAGAAAAAAUAAAAUUAUUUAAUGGCUCUGAAA